AUGCUAUACCGAGGCCUCCGCCUUGCGGCUCGCACCGCUCCCAAAUUCGCGGUUUGCAACACGAGCUCAGCGCUGCGGCAACUUCCCCUCCAGAUCCAACAUGUCCGGACCUACGCCGACAAGAUCGUCAAGGUCCCAACAAUGGCCGAAUCGAUUAGCGAAGGCACCCUGAAACAAUGGAACAAGUCGAUCGGCGAUUUUGUUGAACAAGAUGAGGAGAUUGCGACGAUUGAGACUGACAAGAUCGAUGUCGCCGUGAACGCCCCGGAAGCCGGCGUCAUCAAGGAAUUUCUAGCCAACGAAGAGGACACGGUGACGGUUGGUCAGGACCUUGUGCGUAUUGAGCUAGGCGGCCAGCCGUCGGGCGAUCGGCCCUCCGCGACGGAGUCAAAGGAUGAGAAGGGGGCGCCGAAGGAAACACCGAAGGAGCCAGAACCAACGCCCGAGGAGGCUAAAAGCCCGGAACCCAAGCCCCAGGAAACCAGCCAGGCAGCACCACCUGCACCCUCAAAACAAGAGGCCGGCGUACCGAAGCAGCGGGCACCCGAGCCGGCCAAGGAGGUCGAGCCGCCGGCAACCUUGGGCAAUCGGGAGGAGAGGAGGGUCAAGAUGAACCGGAUGCGUCUCCGCAUCGCCGAACGUUUGAAGCAGUCUCAGAACACCGCAGCAUCUCUAACCACAUUCAACGAGGUUGACAUGUCGGCGCUCAUGGAAUUUCGCAGCAAGUACAAGGAUGAGAUCUUGAAAAAGACAGGUGUAAAGCUGGGCUUCAUGAGCGCCUUCUCUCGUGCCUCCGUGCUUGCCAUGAGGGACAUUCCAGCGGUCAACGCGUCUAUCGAAGGCCCCAACGGCGGUGACACCAUUGUUUACAGGGAUUAUGUUGACAUCAGCGUUGCCGUCGCAACCGAAAAGGGGCUCGUCACCCCGGUUGUGCGCAAUGUGGAGGCCCAGGAUAUGGUGGGUAUUGAGAAGUCCAUCGCUGACAUGGGCAAGAAGGCUCGCGACGGCAAACUCACUAUCGAGGACAUGGCUGGUGGUACCUUCACCAUCAGCAAUGGCGGCGUUUUUGGGUCGUUAAUGGGCACCCCCAUCAUCAACCUACCGCAGACUGCAGUCCUUGGUCUCCAUGCCAUCAAGGACCGCCCCAUCGCCGUCAACGGCAAGGUGGAGGUCCGUCCCAUGAUGUACCUUGCUCUCACCUACGACCACCGUCUCCUGGAUGGCAGGGAGGCUGUGCAGUUCCUCGUUAAAGUGAAGGAGUACAUUGAGGAUCCCCGCAAAAUGCUGUUGUAG